CCGACACAUUCUCCUAGUCCUACGUACUAGAGCAUCAACAUAUUCCUUCAACAACUAUUUCGAUUUUCUUGAACACAAAUUUUACGAUGGAGCUGGCUGCUGAUGUUGUCAGAGAAUUGGAGGACUGCAGCAUUAUUGUCACUGGUGCAGCUGGUUUUCUCGCUAAGGUGUUUGUUGAGAAACUAUUAAGAGUUCAACCGAACGUGAAGAAGCUAUAUCUUCUUUUAAGGGCCCCAGAUGAAAAAUUAGCGAUGCAACGUUUUAAUUCUGAGGUAUGUUGAGUUAGCAGUGCUCAAGCCUAACUCUGUUUCGUAGUUUAUCUGUUUUAAAAUGAUUAUCUUAUUUCUGUGAAAGCAUUCAAUACCAUGAAAUUGCUAAUUCAUGUUGUAUCUAAUUUAAAUUUCAACAUUCUUUUGGCUGAUGUUGUCUCCAUAGAUUAUAUCAAACGACUUGUUCCGGGUUCUAAAACAGAAAAGUGGGGCAAAUUUUAGUACCCUUAUUUCGCAAAAGGUUACAGUUGUACCUGGUGACAUCACUUGUGAGAAUCUAGGAGUAAAAGACAUGAAUUUGUUGGAAGAGAUGUGGAAGGAAAUUGACGUUGUUGUUAACCUUGCCGCAACCACCAACUUCGAUGAAAGAUAUGAUGUAUCCCUGGGAAUUAACACUAUGGGAGCUAAGAAUGUUUUGAACUUUGCUAAAAGCUGUGCUAGAAUGAAGUUGCUGCUCCACGUUUCAACAGCUUACGUAUCAGGAGAAAAACAGGGAGUGAUUCUUGAAACUCCCUUUCGCAUGGGGGAUACUCUCAAUGGGACUUCUGGAUUAGACGUCGAGAAUGAGAAGAAAAUCAUUGAUGAAAAAUUUAAAGAGCUCCAAGCUGAGAAUGCUAGUGAAAAAGAUGUCAAAUUAGCCUUGAAGGGUCUUGGAAUUCAAAGGGCAAGGAAAUUUGGAUGGCCAAACACCUAUGUCUUCACAAAGGCAAUGGGGGAGAUGCUUUUGGGAAGCCUUAAAGGCAAUGUCCCUCUUGUAAUUGUUCGACCUACAAUCGUAACCAGCACAUAUAAAGAACCUUUUUCCGGUUGGGUAGAAGGAUUUAGAACCAUUGAUAGCUUUGCUGUUGGUUAUGCAAAAGGGAAACUAACUUGCUUGCUUGGCGAUCCUAAUACCAUACUUGAUCUCAUUCCAGCCGAUAUGGUGGUGAAUGCGAUGAUAGCGGCCAUUGUGACUCAUAUAAAUCAACCAAAUGAAGAAGAGAUGACCAUUUACCAUGUUGGUUCUUCCGCAUCGUACCCUGUUACGUAUUCUUCAGUUCAAGAUUAUAACCAGAGAUACUUUGCCAAGCAUCCAUGGAUUAACGCAAAAGGAAAACCAGUUAAAGUCGGAAAGGUCACAGUUCUCAAAACUAUGGACAGUUUUCGGAGUUACAUGGCUCUUCGUUACUUGCUUCCCUUGAAGGGUUUAAAGGUUCUGAAUGCAGCAUUUUGUCAAUAUUACGGUGGAUUGUACCAUGAUCUUCACCGCAAAAUAAAAUAUGCGAUGCGGAUGAUUGAUCUUUAUGGGCCAUACCUUCUAUUCAAGGGAAUUUAUGACGACAUGAGUACCGAAAGAUUGCGUGGAAUCAUUAGGGAGAAAGGUGCUGAAAAUGUGUUCUACUUUGAUCCCAAGAGUAUCAAUUGGGAGGACUAUUUUAUGAACAUCCAUCUUCCCGGAGUUGUGAAAUACAUAUCUAAAUGAAAAAAUCGGUUGCCUGAAUGAGAUUAUCAAGGCGAGCUUUUUACUCCAGCUUUAGAAUUUGAAAGAUUCAGAGUGUUUGAUAAAUGGAAAUGUAUUAUUAUUGUUAUUUGCAUUGGUUAAUAUUAUUGGUUAUAUGAUUAAUUCAAAGGUUUAUUAUUUUUAUAGAACAUUGAUCGAUUAAUUCGACUGUGAAAUGAAACAUCCUUCCAAGUUCAAGUAUCAAAUUUCCUUUGAAAUUUAAUCGUUGUUAAUUGUUUUUGCUUACUAAACAGGUAUUCUUAAAAACGAAAGCAUGUUCUUAAGCAGACCACCAAAAGGCUUUUUGGUUUUAUUUUUAUUAUUUCAUAUAUAGAAAGAGAUUUAUGUUUAAUAAUUGCACUACCUCAUUGGAGAAUAAGUAAUCCUCGAAUCUUUAUGACUAAAAAAUAAGAGUGUACUUUGUAUAUGCUACCCAACUGCUUUUGUAGUUAGUUGCCAAUGACGCUAAAUAGCCAAUUUUCAAAGUUAGUUCUAAUUUUUAUUUAUUUAUUUGUGCUAAGAAUUUAAUAGUA